UUGGCAACGGUGGCCGCUUCCGAAUUCCUGGUUGCUCUGGUUCCACAUUCGAGCCGCAUAUCACCCUCUGUCUGCUCGCAACAACCUCUUUCUUCCUGCAUCAACCCCGAGGAGCCUUGUGUCGGUUGAACCGAUCCUUUCACCCGACCUAGUAGACGCGCUCGCUGCUCGUGGUCGUUGUUCUCGCUCAAUCCACUUUGCUUGCAAGUUCAAGAACAGAAACCUCAGCUGGUCUGCUGCCACUCAUUAGAAUUCUCCACGUUUCCUUCGCUGCGACGUAGACACUCAGCACCAGCAACCAUCAUCAUGCCCCGCCGCCCGCCGCCCACCUCUCUCCGCCUCGUUGCCGGCCCGCUGCCACCUCGCAGCAAACCGCGGCAUACGCUGCCCUCACUCCCGAUGCCCGCGUUCUACCCCACCGCAGAAACCCGUCUGCGCGAGAAACCACGAGCCAGCCGCGACGCACCCGUCCUCGCCAUCGACACCUCCGUACCUGCGGCAUUGGCCUUUCCGGCCGGCGCGUCGCCCAUCUCGGCCGACGACUCUCGUCUGCGCCACUCGCGCUCGUCGUCUUCGAUAUCCUCGACGAGCUCGACCCCGGCCUCUCCAGCCGCGAGACAGACACGUGCGAUACGCGGACCCUGGGAUCACUCGAGCAGCAUCCCCUUCCAAGUGGACGUUGACGCGUUGUUGGCCGCGCCCGCCCCUGCAGCGCUAACUGUCGGCCCGACUCGCUGAGAUACUUGCAUUGUUGUAGCAAUGGAUUCAGUAUUUUACCAGCAUAUACUCUGGGAAAUCAAAGGAAGAUUGUC